AUGCGAUCACCAUCAAGUAUUCUACACGUCCUGUUUGACGUCAACGAUUUCAGCAACUUCCAGCGCGGGUUGAGAGAGGAGCUCAGGCGCAGAGAGGAGGUCAGGCAGAGAGAGGAGGUCAGGCAGCCAGUAGCCGUGCAAGAGCAAACAACGGCCAGCAAAGGCUCACAGGCGAUCAGCAGCGGCGACCAGCCAAUGGACCUCCUCAGCGGAGACAACGCACAGGAUAAGAGCCCUGCAACUGGAGGAGACAUGAGGUGCGAAGGGGGUGCCUCACUUGACAGCAGUCCGUUGAGCGGCGGCAGCAGGGUAUCGUCAAGAGAGCACCGACUGGUUGCGAGUACCGACGAGUUGGAUGCCGAGCUUGCAACAAAUAAGGACGAGACUAAACGACGCAGCUCCCUUAGGAUCGUCGACGAGUCUGACGAGGAUCGCCCCCCCCAACGACGGCGCAAGGUCACGCUACCCGAGGCGUCGUCGGACUCGGACUCCGCUCAAGAGGCAUUGACCAUGCCCUCAGCGGCGGUACUUAGGGCAACGGAGGCUGAUCAUGGAUCAGGCCACGAGAUGUUGGGUGGAGAGGCGUUGCGCAAUAGGAGCGAGAGAGGCCAGCCCGUCCGCGUUUUCCCCAGGCGCAACCUCCGGCAUGGCAGAGUCCUCAGCGCAGGCUGCGGAUCAGGUUCCGCAUGUUCAAGCGGUCGUGGUCAAGGCUCUGACGGGGAAAACAUCGUCCACAGCGAGCAUGACGGCAAGCUGCUCACCGUCAAGAAGCGUAUGAUGGGCACCUUUUUCUUCGCCAAACGCAAGUUCACGAGGGAGCCAGUCGACUACCGUGACUCCAAGGACGGGCCGCAAGGCUUUUGCAGAACGCGUCACCUGGAGGAGGCGAUCAAGGCGGGGUGCCCGUGCAAGCCCUACCUCGACCUUGAGCGGGAUGGGGGUUUGGCGGAAGGGGAGACGCUCGAGACGGUCACUGGGGCCUUCGAGGCGGCCACCAUCGACAUUUUCCGGGAGGACUACGGCAUCGAGCUGUCCCCGGGGUCCUUCAACUGGCUCCCCUGCGACUACGGGCCCGGCGGCAAGUUUAGCCUGCACCUGGUGGUCUCGACUCACUCCCCCCAGGAGCUCGGACGGCGCCUGCCCCCGCGGUAUGCCGAGCUCAUCGACCAGUCGGUGUACACCAGAAACCGGGGGAUCCGGCUCCCCUACUGCUCGAAGCCCGCCACGCCCCGCAGCCGCCUCCUCCCGUUGGACGAGACCAAGCCGUACGCCGAUGCGUGCAUCACCUGGCUGGACGACCACGUCCAGACCAUCGAGGUGCCGGCCAGCCUGCCGGACGUCGUAGCCGAGCCCCGACGCCCCCGCACCAGGCCCGAGCACUUUCGAUACCAGAACGCCACGACGGCGAGCGCGUACGUGGCUCAGAGGUGUACGGAGCUGGUCCAGACCCUGCAUCCGACGGCGUACCGCAGGGGCUCCGUGUCAGCAAGCUCUCUGAACUUCAGCUGGCACGACCGGAGCGAGCCGUGCUAUUCGGGGAACGUCCACGAGGGCUCGCGCGACAUCCUCGUCAUCGCCAAUCCUGAGCGCAACGCGGUCUUCGCAAAGUGCGACAGCGCGCGCAUGGAUGUGGGGACGGGCUUGUGCUGCAAGGAGCUGCCCGCUCGGUACCUUGGUCCGUUCUACGUGGACGUUGAGACUUGGAAGGACGGGGCGGUCGAGGUGAACAUGCGGUACCUGGAGCAGAAGCCGCUGGCUGCGGCGCCCAUGGACCUGCAGCAGAUUCGCAGCGGGGCCCGGGACCUGACGGACAUGGUCGUGUUCAACGAUGUUUUGAACAAGUGGCAAGCUGGCCGUUACAAGGCGGCGCUGAUCAGGAGCCCCAUGGGCACUGCAAAGUCGACGACCCUCCGAGCCAUCCUCAAUGAGCCCCCCCAACCAGAGACGGCCCUCGCGAUUACCUACCAGCAGACACAAGCCAGCGAUGCAGCCGGGAAGAACCCAGACUUUGCGCACUACGGCGAAUUGAAGACGCAACGCGGGCGCGAGGUCGGGGGGCGCUUCAUCGAGCCUCUCGCGGACAGGGAGCUCUACCCGCGCGUCAUCUCCCAGGCCGACAGCCUGCCCGGGCUCCUCGGCGACGACGCGCGCGCUCCGGCCUUCGACCUGCUCAUACUCGACGAGAGCGAGUCGAUCCUCGCGCACCUCUCGGCCGACACCCUCUCGGCCAGACUCGUCGUCAUCCGACUGAUCGCCGAGCUGCUUCGCCGCGCGCGCCGGGUCAUCUGCCUCGACGGGCAUCUGGGGCAGCGGACCUUUGACUUCCUGACGCUGCACAAGAUCCGCUGUUCUCCCGUGCUCUUCAACAAGCACGUACCGGAGCGGCCUCUUCAAUUCGAGUUCCUCGAAGGGCGGGCGGGGCUCCAGCUCUGGGAGAGCGCGAUCUUUGAGGCGCUCGAGGCCGGCCAGAACGUUUUUGUGGUCAGCAUGUCGUCGGACAGGGCGCGGGACCUGGGGAGCGUCGUGGCAGAGCGGGGGCUCGUGGAGGAGGAGCAGAUUCUUGUCAUCACGCGGCACUCUCACGGGGAGGUGAAACGGGGCCUCGGGAACGUGAACGAGAGCUGGGCAAAGCGACUCGUCAUCAUCAGUCCCACGGUGGAGGCGGGGUUCGACUUUAACCGGCCAUGGUUCCACCGGAUGUUCGAGUACAUCUGCAAGAGAAGCACGCACCCGCGGGGGCUCGACCAGAUGAAGGGGCGGGUCCGGCAGCUGGUCAACCCCUUGGUCCUGUGCUUCGUCAGGAAGGGCAUCAACCUGCCGACGACGGGGCCAGAGGGAAGCGAGUACAGGACGGUGAUGGGGAAGAAGGCCGCGCAGGUCCCGAGGCUUGGGGUCGAGGAGACGUAUCAGUGGUUUCUCAACCGGGACGAGAGGGUCGGUGAGGUGGUUUUCUGCGAGGGCCCAACCACGCGCCUCCUCGCUCACAACGAGAAGGAGCUUUUCAAUGGCCGGACGCACUUUUACGAGGAGUUCACGGAGUUAUUGGAGAGCGACGGCCAUGUCGUGAGGGGGGUGCGGGUCCUGGACCUGGCCGAGGGGGGGGCGCCGGGCGGGGGGGAUCAGGUCAGGGGCAAGUUCUUGCUCGAGCAAAUGAUCAGCGCCCCUGACAUUACCCCUGGUCAAUUCGACGCCAUCGAGGCCCGGAUCCGCAGGAACGAGGACUACCCGGGAGAGAGGGUGCAGCUGGAGAAGUAUCAGCUGACACGCUUCUACCGUGUGCGACAGUUGGCCGCCGACUUCCUCAAGACGUUUGGCCCCUAUCCGAACCUUGCGGUCGAGUUCAUCCUGCAGGUCGUCGACCCUGGGUACGAAUUCAGCGGUCAGGAGGUUGGGCGGCACAGGCCCGUAGGGCCUCAAACCAUUGCAGACGAGAUCCAACGACUCGCGAAUGUUGGGCUCUAUGCAAUUCCGGUGCGCAUGUUCUGGAAUAAAAAAGAGGGUAAGAAAGAUGCCGAAUUUCCAUAUACGUACGCUCAAAUUACAACACCCGAAUUGUGGAAAGAUUCUAUCAAUAAAGCAAAGCAGGAGAGGAAGGACGCCAAUGGCAUCGCGAUUCUGACACGUCCCAGUCGGAUCUUCGUGGUCGAUAUUGAUGUGUCCAGCAAAGAUGGAAAAUCACCGGGGAUCCAGCUCUGGAACCAACUCGUCAAGGAACAUGUGGAAGGGGAACUUUUCAAGACUUGCGAGAAUUACAUUCUUCCCUUUGAGCCUUCCACGGAUGAAAGCGACGAGAAAAGGAAGAAAAAGGAAGAUGACAUACGAACAAGUAAAGCAAAAUUGGCCUUGCUCGAUCUCGCUUUGCGUAUCAUGAACCAUUACUUUGCUGUCGUCCGCUCGACAAAGGCUGUCUACCUGGAGACAAUCUACUCGAGAGACGCAAACGGGCAGCUUGAGCCCAAGGAGACUAUCCAUCGAUCCGGCCGGGACUUCUUGGAGGUCUGCAGGAACUUCCAACUCCAGAGCCUACCUGGAAAGAGCAAGGAAGUUGUCAAAUUCUGGGAGAGUAGUUCCAGACGCCGCGAAUACGAUCAAAUCGUGUUUGAGCCGGACCCGUCAAAGGGGUCCUCACGACAUUUCAAUCUUUUCUCCGGGCUGAAAUUCAAACCGCUCGACCACAAAUUAACAGAAUCGGAGCUCGUCGAGUGCGAGGAACAGAUGCCAAAGCUCAUGUGGCACUUUCGCAACAUCUUGUGUGCUGGCUCGAAAGAGCGGUUUGAGUACAACAUACGUUGGAUAGCACACGCCCUUCAGAAGCCCUGGAGGAAAAUCGGUGUGGCUCUCGUUUUCCGUAGUGGACAAGGGUGCGGAAAGUCUGUAUUGUGGGACUUUUUUGGACGGAUGGUCCUUGGCGCCAUAUACUAUUUGUAUUGUAACGAAAUCGAAAAGAUCAUUGGCAAGUUCAACUCACUAGCAGCCAACAGAUUGUUGAUUGUAUUGGAUGAAUGCGGCAGUUGGGGCGGAGCGUACCGCAUGAAUGACAUGAUAAAGUCUCUAAUCACUCAGGAGACGACGUGUAUGGAGCGCAAAGGCCAAGAUCCUAUCAGCGUGGAUGACAGGAGCAACAUCGUGUUCACCACAAAUAAUUUUUGGCCGGUCAAACGGGAGGCAGACGAUCGCCGAUACUCUUGCCAGCAAGUCUCAGAUGCCAAGAUGGGAGACAAACAGUACUUUGACGAGCUCGUGGAGGAAUUGGAAAAACCGGAGACAGCAUAUCAUCUCCAUCGAUAUCUAUCGUCCAUUGAUAUUUCCAAUUGGAAUCCUCAGAAGAUGCCGGUCACAGCUUGGGGGGAAGGCUUGAAGGAGCAUUCGAUUCCACCUCAUGUCAACAUGCCAAUGCAAGCACUGCUUGAGAACGGGUGCUUUCACCCUUCUCUAGAAACGUGGGUAGCAUCGACGGACAUCAAGCGGACAUAUGACACGUUCCUGCUUCAGUUGGACAUCAAAGAGGAUCGCCAUACCGACGUCAACAUUUUAAUGCGCUCUCUCAAUGCCAUUUUCAACAUGAGGCCUGCGGCACGCUCCAUUCAGGGGGUGCGGACCCACAAGGGGUGGUGGUUCCCUCCACAGGGCGCUAUCUGCGAGGCGCUCCAUAAAGGCAAGCUUCUGAGCUCGACCAUGGAGUGGGUGGACACCUGGCAACGGCUCGACUAUAUCGAAGAUAAGGAAGGGCCAUGGAUAACGGAUCCCAACGCUCUUGAGAAGCUGGUUGACAAUUCAAAAAAAAGCGACAAUCCACGACAAUCGGCCGCAGAGCAAAAGUGCUCCUUCUGCUCGAAUCGUCAUACAUGGGAGGUGAGAAGGGAUGAGGAGGGGCACAUAGUGACUCGAGAUGAGGCGAAAGAUGAUUCUUCUAAAAAGUGA